GACAUUAUUGUUGAUUUUGGUGACACUGUUCGUAAUAUUUGUACUGAAUUAAUUUAACACUGGUAUUGUUUAUUCCCUCUAGCUAUAAUCUCUCGGUGACCCAGCUUUGAUCGGGUUCGAAAUUCAUAAAAAUAUAAACACUGCUAAAAGGGGAAAAUGGCGGGGGCUUUGAAAUAUAUGUCAGAUCAUGAGAAUCGAUUGCAAAGAUUUAAGUCGAAUCUUUUGUAUAUCUUCGAUAAGUAUGAAAACUGUGAAGACGACGAUACAGAAAUAGACCUGCGUGAUCUUUCUUUGCAUCGAGGACGAAAACAAUUUAUUAGAAGCAAAACCAAGGGGUUUGGACACAGCAAACUUAAGAGUACACCAAGAGAGGGGAACCUAAAUCUAGAGGACCAUGGACAGAAUAAUAUCCCUGUCAUUGAUUACAGACAACAGACAGGGGAUAGACAGAGAGAUGACCUACAGGCUACAUAUGUUGUGUCAAGGUCAGAUGAUCUGUGGAAUUCUCAUAGAAACCAACCUGUCCCACUGAAUUAUGAUGAGCCAGAUUGCUUGGAUCCCCGACAGAGAAUAGAUGUGGAUCCUAGUGAUGUUGAUCCCAGGGAAGUCGACCAUUUCUCAGACGACAGCUCCAGGAUACAGUGCCUCAAUGAGACAUACAAGGAUGUCUUGUCCUUGUUUGGUCCAGAUGAGGAGGAGGAAAUCAGUGAUGCAGAAACAUUGACCACUUCCUCAGACAGUGAGGAAAGUUUGGAUGAGGACUUUGAGGACCUGACUUACAACCUGAGCUCAUCAGAGGAGUCAGACAAAGACCAGACUUGCAGGCCAAGGGAGAUGAGAAGGGGUUACCAUGGGGAUUUACAAAGCAGUCCAAGAAUGGAGUCUUAUUUCGCAUCCUCAGAGGACAGCUCUGGUUAUCAUAGCUCAGAAAUCCAGUCCAGUCUAAUCAAAAGAAGCCAAAUCCACAAACAGUACCGCCAACCUGAAACCAACAUCAGCUACCGGCAGAUUCACAACCACUUCCUGUCUGGUGACGCAGGCUUAGUGAGCAUGAAACGCCCCAAUUACCGUCAACAAAUUCAGAACCUGUACAAGUCAAGUAGCAGAGAAAAUUCAGGGAAGUCUGAUAGUGACCUUGAAAAGAAACAAAGGGGAAGAAUUUCUCUGUGCUUAGAUGAAUUUGAAGCUUCAUUUAAAAUGUCUCAGAGUAUGAUGACAAAUGGAGCUUCAGAAUAUUGCAGUCAACCAGAACUUAAAGUAGGAACUCCGGGACUGAGCAAUCAGCCUAUGUCUUCCAUUGAAAAGGUUACAAAGUGGAUUUUGCCACCUCAGGAAGGGGGUGGAAUAGACAGAUACACUGUGAAGGCCAAGCGGAAACUUUCCAUUCAGAAAGUGCCAGAAUCAAGUGCAGAGAGUUUCAAUAGAGAGAGCGAGCUAUCUUCAAUUGUGUCUAGUUCUUGUGGAAAUUCUACCAUCACCACAGAGAACUUAUUACACCAAAAUCAGAUGAGGAAUACUGAGUUUGAUCAAGAAAGCAUGUCAAUAGGAUGUAACAGUGUCCAUUGUUUUUGUCAAAACAGAGGUGUUUGUAACUGUACAGAUUGUGUUAACAAGUGUGACUCAAGGCAGCCUCAGCAGUUUGGAGAUGAUGAUUGUGAUAGUGGAGAAAGUAUUUCUCAGUAUAAUGAGUUCGGAAGUAGAAGUAGGACUUCAAUGACAUUUGCUUGUCCUUCAGGGGGUAAUAAUUCAGCAUACAGUUUUCCACCUCAAGCUAUUCCACUUUCACCAAGAACAUCCACUGAAAUAUCCACAUACCGACCUCAGCCAAGAACAUUUAAUGAAAUAUCCUCAUACCAACCCCAACCAAGAACAUCCACUGAAAUAUCUACAUACCGACCUCAGCCAAGAAUAUUUACUGAAAUAUCCACAUACCAACCCCAACCUAGAACAUCCACUAAAAUAUCCGCGUCCCAACCCCAACCAAAAACCUCUUUCUUUUCUCCCAAGAGAGCUCACAGUUGCCCGUCAUCUCCACAGUCUGUUGGACUGUUUCCUGAUCCAAGCAGCUCUCCAUCUUCAUCACUGGCAAGACUUCACCUUUCCUCACCCAGAUCUUCACCCAGAGCAUCACAAAACUAUUACAGAAGACAGGCCGUGGAGGAGCACUCACCCCGCAUACAGGCAACAUGCAAUGUUCCACCGGUAUUCAAAGUUCCAAAUGCUUUUCCAUAUGAAAGAUCUCCAUCAACCAAAAGAGGUUCACAAAGAACACUGAUAGAUGAAGGGGAACGAGGACAGCAGCAGGUUGAAAGGGCUCGAGAUAAGCAUGUGAGGUCGAACUCUUGUGACAACAAGACAAAUUGUAGAUUUAGAUCUCAAUUUAAUGACGAGCCUGAUUGGAUGAAUUUUAAUGGACAGUAUCAAGUUUUCCAUAGAAAAAAUCUGGAUAGCAGUCUUUCAAGAAGAGUUUGUGGUGAAUAUCAACAAGAAGAAAUGGAAAGUGGACAACAACUGAAAACUGGCUAUCCUCUCCAGUCACUGCCCAGAGAACUUGUGUCUGUCGGAAAGUCCAAGCCUAAGUGUUUAGGAAGCUUAUUUUCACCCCAGAGGCCCAGUUUCACUCUCAAAAAUAGAGACAUGCGUAAUGAAAUGAUCUCAGAUAGGGGGGAUCACUGGAACCAAACUAGGCAAGAGCAUUCAAAGAUUUCAUCCGAGAUUCCGUGUCGCAAGAACUUACAAAGCACACCAAAGAAAAGGAACUGUGAACUUGUCCUAGACACUUCUCUUUCAACUAUUAAUCCUAAUGUAGAUAGUUCCAGUGAUGAAGAUGAAGUCAUUUUAAUUUAAGGAAUUGUUUUUCAUUCUAGUGAAAGUAUUGCAAAAUGAAAUUACUGCUGAAAUAAAUCAUGUUGAAACCAUCAGGUGUUUUUUGUUUCCUUUUAUCAUCGACUAUAAAAUGACUUUUCUUUAAUAGGCAGUAAAGCUGCCCAUCUCUAAGUGACUGUAAUCUAUAUGUUGUUAAAUACUUUUAUCCACAAUAAAAUUUCAAGGUGUCACUUACCAUUCCAAAUUAAUUGGAAGUCCGGUAUUUCAAAAAGUUUAUUGUGUAACUUAAAAUUUUUAAAGGAGGUACAUGAGUCUUUAGAAUUUUUUUUUUAAAUAGUUAAAAUGUUUUUAUCCUAACAGAAAAAUUUAAAUGAAGCUAGAGUUGUUUCCCUUAGAGCUGCAUCAAGUUUAAAUGUCCUGACAGUGUUAUAUAUAGCAACAGCAUAAACAGUUUUCAUACAAUGCCAAAAUGGACUCUCAUUUUGAAAUGACUGGGACUGUGUAGUGGCCUUCAACAGAGACAGUAAUGUGACACAAGUAAAAUUAUCAUGCUAUGGGCUGCUCCUGUUCCUCGCACUCAGACCCCACAGUUCCUCGGUCAGCAAUGAACUCUUACCCCCGCAGUCAGGGAGUUGAAACAAGGUGGAUACAGCCAGAUCAACCUAUGACCUUGCCUCCUUCUGGGCACAAUAUAAGAAACAGCAGAAAUGAAGAUAUGGUUAUAGCAGCAGCGGCAAUGAUGCAUCAUGGGGGUUAUGGACACAUGCAUGGAUUUGGUCCAAGACUGUACAACCCCAUGGAAGGAGAUUAUGGACUUCUGUGAAUAAACAACCUUUAAUAAACAUGCUUACAAGCUGAAGCAUAUUGCAAAUUACCUCAGAACAUCAUAUGUAUCAUGUUAUAUAGAAAGAUUUAUAAUACGUUACAUGGAUCAUGCAGUCACCCACAUAACUGGAAAUGGCAAUGCAUUCUUACUAAUUUGUUUCGAACAAUCAUGUGUUAUUUGCAUCAUGAAUACUGGUAGAUUUUAUUUGAUAUGAGUUGGCAAUUAUUUGAGAUUAUGUAAGUCUUAACUUUCUUUUGAUUUACCAUAUUUUUUGUUGUGGCAAUAACUGAAUGUUAUUGAAAAAUAUUUUUCAAUAUGAUAUUAUUUGCAGUAUGUGUGUGUCAAGUUUUCAACAUUGAUCAGUAUUAAAAUCAUGUUUUGACAUGAAAGAUGGAAUUCAAAAUUCAACACACAAUAUGGAAUUUAUAGAUUAACACAGUAAUUAAAUACCAAUGUGACAUGAGAAAUGAUAAAUAUUAUGAUGCUGACAACAUAUAGAGCUAUUUGAUAUAUCCAAAUCAACACCUGUACUUUAGCACAUCAAACCUUUGUUGUGAUUAAAGCCCAUUUGCUAGUAAUAUAUAUUAUAACAAUGUGUAAGGUUGACAGAACAGAAAUACCUGUCUUGUUUAUGUCAAAUUAUGUAACUGCAGUCUGACAAUCACGUGUUGUGUUAGCUAGUCUCUAAAAAAUAACGGGAAAAAUUAUAAACCAUUCCUUGAUGCAAAGCUGUCUUAUUUCUUUUACAUUUAUUUCUGUUUUCAAUGAAGAAUACUUAAAACAGUUA